GGGGUGGGGGAAAGGAAGGCGGAGGGAACUUUGCGAGGAUUUGUGAUCCGCGCUGAAGGGAGCCUCGAGAGACCGUUUCUGAGACGGAGAGAGCAGUGUGGGAUCUUAUACCCCAUCGGAUUGGGAGUAGGAAGAAAAAACUCACCAGCUGACAAGAGAGUGGGGAAAACGCAACCGAAAGACAGGAAAUUGACUGGGGGCUGAAAUUUGGGACUUGAGACGAUCGAUCGGGAGGUUCCCCUUCAGAACUGCCUGAGACUGAUAGUUGCAAAAGACAGGCUUUGAAGACAUCUCAGAAAGGAGGAGGCUAUUGUGAACCCCGAGGGGGAUUUGAUCCCCCAUGGCCACCGAUGACAGCAUCAUUGUGCUUGACGAUGACGAUGAAGAUGAAGCAGCUGCUCAGCCAGGACCCUCCAACCCAGCCUCUAAUCCUGUCUCACCAGGACCAGAAGCCUCUGGUCCCUCUGAGUCCCGUGGGGAUGGAGGGAGCAGUAACUCAGGUAGCAGGAAGUGCUACAAGUUGGAGAAUGAGAAGCUGUUUGAAGAGUUCCUUGAACUGUGUAAGAUGCAGACAUCGGACCACCCUGAGGUGGUUCCGUUCCUCUACAAACUGCAGCAGCGUGCUCAGUCCGCUUUUCUGGCCUCUGCAGAGUUCCGCAACAUCCUCUCCAGGGUUCUGUCUCGGUCUCGGAACCGGCCAGCGAAGCUCUACGUCUACAUUAACGAGCUCUGCACUGUCCUUAAAGCUCAUUCCAUCAAGAAGAAGUUGCACUUAGCUCCUGCAGCCUCAGCGGAAUCAUCGGGUGAUAACCCUCCCACAGAUCCCCCGUCUGACCUUACAAACACCGAAACCACUGCCUCUGAGGCCUCAAGGACUCGCGGCUCCCGGAGGCAGAUCCAGCGCUUGGAGCAGCUGCUGGCACUGUAUGUCGCAGAGAUACAGCGGCUGCAGGAAAAGGAGUUGGAUCUGUCAGAACUGGAUGAUCCCGACUCCUCCUAUUUGCAGGAGGCCCGCUUGAAGCGGAAACUGAUCCGCCUCUUUGGGCGGCUGUGCGAGUUGAAGGACUGCUCUUCUCUGACUGGGAGGGUCAUAGAGCAGCGAAUUCCUUACCGAGGCACUCGAUACCCAGAGGUCAACAGGCGCAUCGAGCGGCUCAUCAACAAGCCGGGGCCUGACACGUUUCCCGACUAUGGAGAUGUGCUGAGAGCGGUGGAGAAGGCGGCGACCCGGCACAGUCUGGGCCUUCCCAGACAGCAGCUUCAGCUCCUGGCUCAGGAUGCCUUCCGGGAUGUGGGUGUCAGGUUACAGGAGCGCCGCCACCUGGAUCUCAUCUAUAACUUCGGCUGCCACCUCACAGAUGACUAUAGGCCAGGCGUUGACCCCGCACUCACCGAUCCCACAUUGGCUCGCCGUCUUCGGGAGAAUCGAACCUUGGCCAUGAGCCGGCUGGAUGAGGUCAUCUCCAAGUAUGCAAUGAUGCAAGACAAGAGUGAGGAGGGGGAGAGACAGAAGAGACGAGCCCGGCUCUUAGCCACUUCCCAAUCUUCAGACCUCCCCAAAGCCUCCUCGGAUUCUGGUGAGGGUCCUAGUGGAGUGGCAUCCCAGGAGGACCCUACUACCCCCAAGGCUGAGACCGAGGAUGAGGAAGACGAUGAGGAAAGUGAUGAUGAAGAGGAGGAAGAAGAGGAGGAGGAGGAAGAGGAGGCCACCGAAGAUGAAGAUGAGGAUUUAGAACAGUUGCAGGAAGAUCAGGAUGAUGAAGAAGAGGAGGAAGGAGAUAAUGAAGACGAUAAAAGUCCCACAUCCCCUUCGCCCAUUUUCCGCAGAAGGAACUCAGCACCCACAGAAGGGCUCAGGUCCCCGGAGGAGCAGCAAGAGAGAGGACUGACGGGGACGCCAGCAUCCCCGCUGGAAGCAUCCCCGGGCCUUCCCAGCACCGAUGCUGAAAGUAGCGGCGAGCAGCUCCAGGAGCGGCUCCUGGCGGGAGAGAGUCCCGUGUCCCAGCUUUCUGAGCAAGACAUGGAAGCUCUGCCUGAGGAGACCAUCCCUUCCCCUGAGGAAAGGGGCAUUUCCUCUUCCAGGAAAAAGUCAGACAGUUCCCUCCCCACCAUCUUGGAAAAUGGGGCAGCUAUGGUUACCUCUACGUCCUUCAAUGGGCGUGUCUCUUCUCACCCUUGUCGAGAUGCCAGUCCCCCAAGCAAGAGAUUUCGGAAGGAAAAGAAGCAACUGGGACCUGGGCCGUUAGAAAACAGCUAUGUAAAAAAGCAGAUGAUGGCACAGCAGGACAGUGGGUGGAAGACAAGUGUCCUGUCUACUCCGUCCUCCCCCUUGGCCUCUGUGGGUCCUGUUGCUGAUUCCUCCACGAGGGUGGACUCUCCCAGCCAUGAGCUGGUAACCAGCUCCCUGUGCAACCCUUCUCCAUCCCUGAUACUCCAGACUCCCCAGUCUCAGUCUCCCCGGCCUUGUAUUUAUAAGACUAGUGUGGCCACCCAGUGCGAUCCCGAGGAGAUCAUCGUGCUCUCAGACUCUGAUUAGCAGUCCCUGCAUCCAGAAGGGUUUCUAAUGGCUGUUAGAAGAUGACGGAGCAAAUGAUGGACAGAGCUCCUCCCGUUUUGGUGGUGUUUCUUUUGACAAAAAAUCAGAUGUUUUAAGUUUUACACAGACACAUUAAUAAACAAUGAAUUUCUUUUCUUAUUGUA